UCACUCCCAUUCCCAAACCCUCAUCUCCAUCAUCAUCGCACAAUGAAUUCCUCUCUCCUUCUCCUCUUCUUCUUCUUCUCCUUCGUUUUCCUCGCUUGCGCUGAUGAUCCUUAUCGGUAUUUCACUUGGGUUGUUACUUAUGGCACCAUUUAUCCUCUCGGCACUCCUCAGCAGGGUAUACUGAUCAAUGGCCAGUUUCCUGGACCUCGUCUUGAUUGUGUCACCAAUGAUAACUUGAUUGUCAAUGUCAUUAACAAGCUUGAUGAACCAUUCCUCAUCACUUGGAAUGGGAUUAAACAAAGGAAGAACUCUUGGCAAGAUGGAGUUUUGGGGACGAAUUGUCCUAUUCCGCCUGGUGGGAACUAUACUUACAAGUUCCAGUCUAAGGAUCAGAUUGGCACUUAUAUGUACUUCCCUUCCACGGCCAUGCACCGGGCUGUGGGGGGUUUUGGAGCUUUGAAUGUUUACAAAAGAGCUCCGAUUCCUUUGCCUUAUGAUCCACCCGCUGGGGACUUCACUAUGCUCAUUGGUGAUUGGUACAACGCUACCCACAAGGCGUUGAGACAAACCUUGGAUGCUGGUUUUGCGCUCAAAAACCCUGAUGCUCUUCUCAUCAAUGGGGUGACAAAGUCCACUUCUUUCACUGGAGAUCAAGGGAAGACAUACCUCUUUAGGGUCUCAAACAUUGGUCUGUUGAAUUCCAUCAACUUCAGGAUCCAAGGCCACAAGCUCAGGGUGGUGGAAGUGGAAGGAUCCCAUGUUAUUCAGAAUUUUUAUGACAAUCUUGAUAUCCAUGUCGGUCAGUCCAUUGCUUUCCUUGUCACUCUGGACCAAGCUCCCAAGGACUACUACAUUGUCGCCUCCACACGGUAUACCCGGAAGUUCCUAACAGCCAGUGGUGUCUUGCACUACAGCAACUCUAAGACUCCUGUUUCCGGGCCAAUGCCUAAUCCGACUCUCGGUCUCUAUGGUUCUAUGCAGCAAGCCAGAACUUUCAGAUGGAACCUUACAGCCAAUGCGGCAAGGCCGAAUCCUCAAGGUUCAUACCAUUAUGGUAAUAUCACAAGGACAAGGCAACUAGUCUUUGCAAGUUCAGCACCUAUAGUAAACAGCAAGCAGCGAUACGCUGUUAAUGGUGUAACAUAUGUUGUCCCUGAUACUCCUCCAAAGCUUGCCGAUAAUUUCAACAUUGCCGGUGUUUUCAGUGUGGACAAUAUUCCUAGCAACAUACCAAGUGGACAAGCACCAGUAGUAUUUGCAACCUCAGUCCUUAGAUUUAAUCUGCAUGACUUCAUCGAGAUCGUAUUCCAGAACACUGAGAACACAAUGCAGUCAUGGCACCUCGACGGAUAUGAUUUCUGGGUUGUUGGUUAUGGUGCUGGGACCUGGGAACCUAAACACCGAGGAACAUACAAUUUGGUAGAUGCAACAACUAGACACACAGUGCAGGUGUAUCCAUAUGGAUGGUCUGCAAUCUUGGUAUCUCUUGAUAAUCAAGGUAUGUGGAACAUAAGAUCGGCAAUGUGGUCGAGACAGUAUCUUGGUCAGCAAUUCUAUAUCCGAGUAUGGACGGCCGAACACAGCUACUCCAGUGAGUAUGAUAUGCCACACAAUGCACUUCAAUGCGGAAAGGCUAGAGGUCUUCACUGAGAUUAUUAUUACACUGUGAUAUUUGUCGAUGCAAAGAAACUAUUUUUCGGUCAUGAAUUCCAUGGCUGAAUAUAGAAGAAAGAAGAAGAAGAAGAAGAAGAGAAUUCUUAGAAUGGGCAUUUCUUGUGCCAAUUUAACAAACAUUUAUUGUUCUUUUGUUUUGGUCUUUGUUUACAAUGUAUUAGAAACAAUAAAUUUAUUCAAAUGUUUAUUAAUGAAUGCUUUGCUCUAUUCA